AUGUAUCCAUAAAUUAGAAAUACUGCUUUGAGUAGCGGAGGAGCUCUUUAUUUUGAAAAUAUAGGAUCUACUUUGAUUUUAUUUGAUUCCUAAACUUAAGUGAUAAAUAACAAAGCCUUAAUCGGAGGUGGAUUGAGAAUCGUUUCAACAAACUCAAGUGGCUUAACAAUCCCUUUAAGCUUUCCUUUUGAAAAAAAUGUAUAUUAAAAUAAUGCAAUUAUUUACGGAGACAACUCAGCUACUUACCUUUAAAAAAUUUUUAUAUAAAAUUCUAACUCUCAAACAACUACUGAAAAUAAUUAUACAUUUAAAUUUUUAGACGAUUUAAAUAUUAUACCCUAAGAAUACCAGAGCUAAUAUUAAAGUUUAGUUGAUAUAGGAUAAUUCUAAAGUGGUGGUUCACUUAAAUUAUCAUUUUAAAUAACUGAUAAUUAUAACCGUUGUCUCUCAUUUGAUCUCUAGACUUUACUUCAAAAUAGAUAUCCUAAAGACAUUCAGGAUGAACUCAAAAGUAUUUAAAUUACAAUAAAUAAUUUAAACUCUAAUAAAACUGAACUUUUAGGUGAAAGAAUAUUAAAUUACAAUUAAUAUAAUAGCAAUAGCUUCUCAUUUGAAUUAACUGAAUUGCAAAUUUAAGGAGUUUUGUAAUCUAAAUAAUUCCUCUCAAUAGAUUCUAGCAUUUAUGAAAAUUCUUAAGUUGAGUUGCCAAUCCUUUUAUCUAUUUAUUUUAGAUAAUGCUUAGUUGGUGAAAUUAUUGAAUAAUAAGUUAACUAGAUUGUCGUAUGUAAAUUUUGCUCAUAUGGUACUUAUUCCCUUGUCAAUCCAAGCAUAUUAUUUUAGCAAUCAUAAAAUAUAAAAUCAGGAGUAAAAAAUGAAUGUAAAAAUUGUCCAACCUCUGCAACUGCAUGUUAAGGUUCUACAAUCUAAUUAAAAAAUGGAUAUUGGAAAUAGAAUAAUUCCACGGAUGAAAUUAUUGAAUGCAAUCCAUAAAUUAUGUCAUGUUAAGCUGAAAGUCCUUCAUCUAUAAACAUAUGCAAAAUUGGUUAUUUUGGCCCUAUUUGCUAAGAAUGUGAUAACUUAGGAGAAGUUUGGAAAGGACUUCGUUAUAGUGAAACUUCAAACAAAGGUGAAUGUUAAGAAUGCUAUUCUCUUAGUUUUCAAUGGAUUUACCUUAUACUUAAAAUUAAUGGAAUGAUAGCUUAUUUUGGUAAGCAAGUAGGUAUUUAAGCUUGGGAAUAGAUUGCAUGGUUAAAUAUCCUAUUUUUCAAAAAGCUUAACAUGCAAAUAAAUUGGUAGUCAAUUAUUAAAUCCGUAUGA